AUGAGACAGAUCACCGUGCUGCUCGUGGUUCGCGUUGUGCUGAUAAAAAAUGGAACAGCGCAAAGUUUGACUAAAGAUAGAAAUGUAAGUUUUCCAGAGCUCGCUUCAAAAUAUGGAUACACUGCACAAUUAUAUGAUGCAUUCACUGAAGACGGUUAUAUUCUUCGGCUGUUCCGGAUCCCAGGGCCGAGGAAAGUACCCAUUCUUCUCAUGCACGGCAUAUUAGAUUCCGCGAACAGUUGGAUAAUAAGAGGUAAUAUGUCCUUGGCUAUAACACUCGCAAAUCAGGGUUAUGACGUCUGGCUGGGCAACUGCAGAGGCAACAGAUAUUCCCGUCGUCACAUCUACCUCGAUCCCAACGUUGACGACGAUUUCUGGGACUUUUCUUUCCACGAAUACGGGUUCUACGAUCUAGCUGCCAUUAUUGAUACUGUUUUGUAUAUCACCGGCGCCGACAGACUUGACGCUAUUGGACAUUCUCAGGGAACCACAAUGUUCUAUGUACUCGGCUCCACAAGACCAGAAUACAAUCAAAAGGUUAACGUUCUCGUAUCACUGGCGCCUGUGUGCUACCUCCAGAACGUUCCGCCGCCAUUGAAGACGAUAAUUCAGUAUUCACCAAUCAUAUACAACCUGGCCACAUCACUUCGUGUACAAGAGGUUUUCAAAGAAAACCCAGUGAUGAAGAAAACUUUGAAAGCGUUAUGCAUGAAUCCAUUAAUAGGGUAUUCCAUAUGCAUUAUGGAUACCGUGUUCCCAAUAACUGGUUACGACGAGGAGGAACUGGAGACUAGCGUAGUACCAGUUUUAUUUGACAAUUUUCCAACGGCAACAUCUGUGAAAAAUCUGUAUCACUUCGCUCAAGUGAGCUACAGAAGGCAGUUCGCACGUUUUGAUUAUGGUCCUGAUAGAAAUUUAGAUAUGUAUGGGUAUCCGAUUCCCCCAAAAUACGAGUUAGAGAACGUGAAAAUGAGAGUCGCUCUGUUUGUUGGGGAAAACGACUUUGUAUCAACAGUAGAAGACGUUGCGAUAUUAAAACAGUACCUUCCUAACGUGGUGCAGCACCUGGUGAUUCCGCGCAGGAAGAUGAACCACGUGGAUUUCGUCUGGGGUCUACAUAUGAAUGAGUAUCUCUAUCCGUACAUAUUUGAUGUGUUAAAGACGUAUGAAUCAGAAAGUGUUUUGAGUAUAUCGUCGUCGUCUAAUGCUAUAUGGACAGAUAGACCAAAAAUAUAA